AUGGCAACCGAGUACGGUGUAAUCGGCUUGGGUAUUAUCGGGUAUGGUAUGGCCAGCAACUUACGCAAGAAGUUGCCAUCCUCCCAUACCCUUUACGUGUUUGAUCUCAACCAAGACGUUAUUCAGCGCCUAAUUAACGAGUUCGGGCACUUUGGCAAGAUCGAAGUCACGUCCUCGGCGAAGGAGCUGGCCACGAAGGUCAGAACCGUGUUGUCGAGUCUACCAGCCGGGCCUCAAGUAAGAAAGGUUUAUCUAGACCCAGAUAAUGGUGUGAUUGCGGCCACCAAGGACUCGGGUCGGCUUUUGAUCGAAUGCAGUACUAUUGAGAUUGAAUCCACCCAGGAACUCGGAAAGACAAUCUUUAACGCCGGGUUGGGUACGUUUGUCGAUGCCACAGUCUCAGGUGGAAUGUGGGGUGCAAAUGCAGGAACCUUGUCCUUCAUGGUCGGUCACGCAGAGCCCACAGAAACCGAUUUGGUAGGCAAGCGUAUCUUUGAGACCCUGUCGCUUGUCGGGGAAGCCAGCACGAUCACUUUUUGUGGUGGACUUGGUAUGGGGCAGGUGGCCAAGAUUGCCCACAACUAUAUUACUCUAGCGAACAACCUUGUUGCUACUGAGGGUAUGGCCAUUGGCCUGAAGUAUGGAAUUGAUAAGAACGCCCUCUUUAAGUGCAUUAGGGAAGGUACUGCGAACUCGUGGGUGAUGGGUCUGGAGCAACCAGUCCCUGGCCUUGUGCCCGAUGCCCCAUCCAGCAACAACUACAGAAGGGCAUUUGCACCUGCGCUGAGUGUGAAGGAUCUCACAAUCGGCAUUGACGCUGCAAAGAAGGUGGGGAUCAGUCCAACUGCAGGCGAGGCCGCUAUCAAAGCCUUCCGAGUAGUCGAUGCCGACCCUCGCACACAUGAUCUUGAUCAUACCUCUCUCUGGCUUCAUGUUUAUGGCAACUUGGAUGAGUGGGCGAAGGAGCACCUGCAGAAGUAG